AAUGAGGAAUCCCGAAGCCGAACCCAAUUCAAAAACAAGCUCCCUGGUUAAUGAACUAGUCAUUCCCUCAAGUCUACCCAGUACCCAUCGUCAUUGUCUACUACGUCUCCUCUCCAAGAUUCAGACUUUUAACAGAGAAACCCACAAAAGCCUCAAGUUUUGGAUCCAUGGGCUGUGUUUCUUCCAACCUCCUCAACCAUGACGAUGAGUUUUCUCAACUAGGAAGCUCAGCACUUGGUCACCAUAUCGUCUCCCUCACCUCCACCACCUAUGGCCUCCUCAACCUCGACCCACCUCCUCCUUCCACCCCGCCUUCUCGCUUCACUUUCGGUUCCAUUUUCCCCAGCCCACUCUCCGAACCCCGUCCUCUCCGUUCCGAACCAGAGGUCAUUAAUUCUUGGGAGCUCAUGGCAGGCCUCGACACCGACAGUUUCCGCUUCUCUCCUCUGCCUCCACCUAAACCCUUCACCAUCAAAGACCCAGCCUUCAAUAAAGAGAACAGCAAACCCAACGGGCUCAAUCUUGCAAAGGAGUCCCGGGUUUUGAAGCCUUCGAGAGAGGAAAUCAGGAAACCCGGUUCGAUCAAUCCAUCACUGGAUCGUUUCGAGAAGAUAUGCCCACCAAACGGGGACGACAGAGUGGUGAUCUAUACGACGACGCUGAGAGGGGUACGCAAGACAUUCGAGGAUUGCAAUGAGGUAAGAAGGGCAGUAGAAGGGCUGGGUGUGGUAAUGUGCGAGCGAGACGUAUCGAUGGACCGUGGAUUUAAAGAAGAACUGAAGGAGCUGUUGAAGGGGAAGGGGAGAGAUGGAAUGGUGCCUCCAAGAGUGUUUGUGAAGGGAAGCUACAUUGGUGGGGCUGAAGAGGUGUUGAGACUAGCUGAAGAAGGAUUGCUCGGAAAGCUUCUAGAAGGGUUGCCCAGAAAAAAGGAAGGGUUUGUUUGUGAGGGGUGUGGGGAUAUGAGGUUCUUGCCAUGUUUCCAUUGUCAUGGGAGCUGUAAGGUGGUGAUGGUGGUGAAGGAGAAGGGCAGAACUGUUGUGGUAAGGUGCCCUGACUGUAAUGAGAAUGGGUUAGUGCUGUGUCCCAUUUGUUGUUGACUAGGCUGAUAAAUCUGUUCAUACUUAUACAUAUAUGCUUGCUCUGAGUUAUCUUUGUACUAGUCAUGGUGAUUUCUUUGCAUUCACCAUUCUCAAAUAAAUCUACUAAGAGUGUUUGCUUCCUUCGUUUCAUAAAUGUCUACUGUAGUCUGCUGAUGUCUUUGUCUUUGAAAAGACAAAAUAUGGGAAGACAUCGACAAAAAGUCAGGCGAAGAGCUCUUUAUUUGAA